AUGUCCGAGUGCCGUACGCCAGAGCGCGCAUCAUCGCCCAGGCAGAAUCCAACGCCAUGCACACCAGAGGCACCGCGACACCGACCAGCGCAGUCGCAGGCGCUCAUUGACGCUGCCGCCAUCAAUCUCGAUAAUGAGCUCGAAGGGUGGGAGACUUUGACAGAGGCCCGCGUUCAUUCGCUGUCUGAUGAAGAAGCCCGACGUUUGGGAUUGCGUGCCUCGCUGCGCCAAGCGCGAACGAGCUCGGCGCACUUUCGCUUCCAGUUUGAGCUGCUCAGCCAGAGUAUGGAUGAGUUUGACAAACGACAGCAGGUCGAGGAUGAGCUUGUGCUCAGUGAAAAGCACAUGCUGCUUGCUCGCCUUGAGCAGCAAGAGGCGCACCAGGCAGAAGAUGAAGCAGCCCUCUUUCGAGGCCGCCAUCGUAAGGCUAAGCGACGCUGUCUUGAGCUCGCCGAGGCCAACCAUCGCCAGCAAUUUGAAAUCAACCACCUGCAAGCGCAACUGCUCGAGCACCGUACAUCUGCCAUGCGUUUCAGCGACAAUCAGCCUGCUCGCCUUCGACAACAGGAGCUAGGUCUCGAUGUCUUGAGUAAUGCAGCAAGCGCCCUGGAGAGCAGCCAGCACAGCAAUGACAGCCAUCAAGACGCUUUAUUAACGAGACCUUCAACCGGUCUUAUGAGCCCCGCGCAGUUCCCAGCAUCCCUGCACACACGACCCAACAGCAGCAGUCUCAGCCAUAUGCGCGAUCUCGACGAGCCCUUGUCUGAGAAGAAGCGUAAAUUGGAAGGCCUCGAUUAUGCCAACGAUGCAGACCGGGACACGUCAUCUGAAGACAGUCCCAGGGGUCGUUUCCAACCAACAUUUGCGCAUCGCCCAGGUGGUAUGCGUGUGGCUGACUUGUUGAGUGCAGAGGAUGCGAGUCGUCCGACAAGUGGCAGGCAGUCACCACCGACACCGAGCCGCAGCCCAAAACCACGCCGUUUGGAACCGAGUGCUCUGCUGUGA